UAACUGUUGCUAUUUAAAAAUCGAUUGUUAUGUAUCGAUAGUUUAAAGUUCGAUACUUAACACAAUAAUGCAUAACAUUGUAUGACUAUAUGUGUAACUGUGAUUUAACCACCCUGGUCGCCAUUUCGAUUCUUCUGGAAUUGGGCUUGCCAAAGAACAACACAAUGGCAAACAAAGUAUUGCUAUCUUGCUUACGACAAACAGCUCCAAAGUAUGCAAAUUCCAUUCGUUGUUUAUCAGGAGUACCUGAUAUACCUGAUAAAAUUGGCAAUAGAGAUGUAGUAGGUCAUGGAUGGAAUGGAGAAGCAGCUUACUUAGAUCGAUGUGAUUUUCCAUUACCUGCAAUUCGUUUCAAAGCAAAUACUCCUGAUAUAGUGGCACUGCGGGAGAAAGAGAAAGGUGAUUGGAAAAAAUUAUCAAUAGAUGAAAAAAAAGCAUUAUAUCGAGCCAGUUUUCGUCAAACAUUUAGUGAAUUCCAGGCUCCAAAUGGAGAAUGGAAAGGAGCCCUUGGAUUAGCUCUUAUUGGUGUAGCUUUUAGUAUUUGGGUAAUAAUGUUUCUCAAAGUUUUUGCAUAUCCACCAUUACCAGAAUCAUUUAAUUUGGAAAAUAGACUUGCACAACUGGAACGUAUGCAACUACUUGAAGUCAACCCUAUCAGUGGAAUUAGUGCAAAAAAAUAAAUUUAACUUAUGUUUAGAAAUGUAGUAAAAAAAUACAGUGUAUUGUAUACACGAAAUUGUUUAAUAUAAUUAUUCUGUGUAAGAUUAAUAGGAAAACAUUUUAAUAAAUUAAAUAAUUCUCUU